ACAUUGCGCGUUCCACCUUACAACUAGCUAGUGAACCACUACCACCGUCAUUCUUCUGCCAGUUGUUUCUUCUGUUUACUACUCAUUUCUGUAUUCUCCUUCUUCUCUUUUGCCUUAUAUAUUAUACUCUAAAAAUGGAAUCCACUGCCCCCAAUGCUCCAACUGAAGAGGCUCCAGAGCCGACGCCAUUCGUCUUCGAGUUCAAGAACAAUCACAUCAAGCUCAUUGAGCUGCAUGUCUACACUGAUAGUAUGGAAAUCUUGCUUAUUGGAAACGACGGUAACCGUUACGAAGUUGAAAUCCAGGAGUACCCCGGUGAAGCUUGUAUCGAACAGAUUUCAUUGAAUCGGGUGCUCGUUCAGAAAAAGGAAUGCACUUCGAUGUACCCGAGUGCACCGAUUGCCAUUGUAACUCUCUACUCGAUUUUGCGCCAGCCAGGUGUCAAAGUCGAUUGCUUUUACUAUCGAAUUCUGAAUCAAUACUUUGUGAGAGACAAGAAUAACAAGACGGAGCAUGCGAAAUGGGAUGAAAGGUCGGCUAGUUUGACUAAAAUGCUCAAGGCAAUGAUGAGAGCAUUGAUGAAGAAGCUUGAAGUGGAGGUGUUCAAGAUUGUGUACAAUGGGAAGGAGGAGGAGGUGAUGUGCCUUUUGCCGUAUUUUGAACCAGGAUAUCUCCGAAGAAUUUGCCUGUUCAACCCGCUGUACGUGUCACCAACAGUCAUCGAUAACAUAAUCACCACGGAGCAAUGGAAGCAGGCGAAAGAGCUCAAUACAAUGACCGGCGAGCCAGUUGCAUUUCCAGUUGAAUCGCACGCUCACUUUGAGAGUUUGAGAAUUCGAAUUCCUGAGUUAAAGCAAAUCGAUGUUAUAUUAUUGGUUUUGAAAUACUUGAACCAGAAAACGCCAAAAGACAACGAAAUCGGCGUGCAAAACGUGUCGGAGCUGUUCGAUUUCAUGUGGGGAUCAAUGGGAAUUCCACACGAAAAUGAUCCUGAAACUAUAAGAUACACGUGGAAGAGCGGAACCUACAACCUGUACGCAGAAGUCACAAAAAAUGGAGUCAGAUUCACAUCGGAGACUCGUCAGGCUUAAUUUGUCAUCUUCAAUCUGUAAAUUUAAUCUUUUGUGAAUAAAUAUCCACGGGGUUCAGCCCUUCCUCAUUGAA